GAUUCUUAUGGUAAUAUAUUCAUUCAAGAAAGGUCACGAAAUGUCUGUUGUAAACAAACAAACCUAUUGCCAUAUUUGAUUUAUUAUGUUUCUUGCGAAAAAUAUAUAUACAUUCUUAUUUUUGAAAAAUUCUAGUCGCUUAUAGUAAAAUAAGCACUUAUAAUACUUACCUAAAGAUAGAUUGCUUUUGAUUUUUAUAAAAUGGAGGUUAUGGAUUACGCAGAAGGAGGAGAAGCACAAAUGGAAUAUGUAGUAGAAGAUCAUUCUGAAGAAUCUGAUAAUGAUAAUGCUGACGACUUAGAAAUCCAAGCUCAAACAGAAGAUACAAAAGACAAUGAUGAAAAUGAAACAAAAGCAAAAAAGGCAAAAGAAACAACUUUAGAUGAAUCUGAUGUUGAUUCUGAUCAGUCUUGUCCAAUAUGCAUGGAUUUAUGGACUAGUUCUGGGGAUCAUCGUUUGUGUUGUUUACGAUGUGGACAUUUGUUUGGAUAUAGUUGCAUUUUAAGAUGGUUACAAACUUCUUGCACUAGUGCCAAUCGUCGUUGUCCACAAUGUAAUAGGAGAGCUGCUGUGAAAGAUAUCAGAAUGUUGUAUGCCAAAAAGUUAACGUCUAUAGAUACCAGUGAAUUGGAUAAAUUAAAAGAACAAUUAAAUAAUGUUAGUUCUGAAAAAAAUCGUAUAGAAAUGGAACUUUCAAAAUAUACUUUAAGACAAAAGUUAUUUGAACAGCAAAUUACUAGUAUGAGGAAUAGGAUCUCUGAACUAGAAAGUCAGCAAUCAGAAAUAAAUGUUCAUUCUUGCCAGAAGAUUUCUAAACAUAUGAUUAAAAAGUUCCAUUUAGAUCGAUCUAUAGAGAUAUGUAAGGACGGCGGUUGCCGUGUAUUAGACUACAACCCAUGGUUUGGAUUCCUAGUUGUAUCUCAGAAGUCAAAUAAUAUGUUAUUUUCGGGUUAUGGUAUUAAAAAAAUUGACUCGGAUAAAUUUCAACCACGUCAAUUUAUUCUUUUACAUAAUCAAGUUAUAAGAGAUAUUACAUUUAAUACAACUCAACAGUCAUUGCUGCUUAGUGUUGGUUUUGAUAAAUGUGCAAAAUUAAUGGAUAUUCAAAAUCACAUUAUUUUGCAUACUUAUCAAACAGGAUCUCCAUUGUGGAGCUGCUGCUGGUCAGGCAAUAAUUCAAAUGUAUUUUUUGCGGGUGCACAAAAUGGAUCUAUAACACAAUUUGAUAUUAGACAAACUUCUGGUGCUGUUGAAACUUUAGACAAUGCAGGCGACAGAUCACCAGUAGUUUCUCUAGCAACAGUACCUUCUAAUCCGGGUAGCGGUAUUAGUCGGGGUGGAUUCAUAGCAUGCCAUUUGAGUACAUGCUAUGCUUAUGAGCAGAAAGACUCAAAAUAUUUACCUAAACAAAUAUUCCUUGAAGGUCCGUUUAUAUCUGUGUGUUAUGAUCAAAAGAAUAAUCAUACUUUAAUAUCUUCCCGACCAAAUGCUAGACAGCCUCAUGCACGACACAUAGUAUGUACUAUUGAAAAAGACAGUGAGGAAUCAACAAUUUGUAAUGUAGUACAUACGUUCCAUGCUGGUAAUUCUCAACAGUUAUUGUCUCGACCAUGUUACUUAAAUAUUGAAAAUGAUACAUUAGUUGCUGCAUACCAAGAAUCUAGUACCAGUAUAUCAUUAUGGAGUGUAUCUACUGGAAAACAAGUAAAUAGUCUUCCUGUUUCUGAUCCUGUAGUGGAUAUAUGUGCAGUUGACGUUAGUAAUAAUUUAUAUUUGGCAACACUCUCUUCAAAAAAAGUUAGAAUUUAUAAUCAUGGAUAACUAUCAUUACUAUGGAAGUAAAUAAAAAUAUCUCAUAUUUUUUUCAUACACAUCAUACAUUUAUAAUGUAAUAGAUACAUGAUAUAACUAAUAAUAUUGUAUUUGUUUUUACAUUAAUUUUAAACAACAUUAUUUUAUAUAAAAUUAUGUGUUGUCAAAAAAAAAUUAAUGAUACAAAAUCUAAACUCGUAAAUAUGAAGCAUAAAUUUUCUUAUUAACGACAAUGCAAAAAUUUCCAUAUACACAACUUGAAUUACCAAAAAAUACUAAAAGAAAAUUUUUAUGUUACCAUUUCCCAUUUAAAGAUACACAUGUUUACUGCUGUGCAUAUAUACAAUGAAUAUUUGUUAUAUAAAUAUUUUUCUACCAAUCUAAAAACUGUUUCAGUAGUUGUCCUGCAUACUAUUUCAAAACAGGAUAAUAAUAUUAGAGAUAAUUAUAUAUUUAUAUACUAUUAGAUAAUAUAAUUAAUAAUAAUAUAAAAAUUUAUUGAACUCAAUAGAUAAUCAAGAUAUUAAAAUAAGGAAAUUUUUGUACAAGUAUCCCUAUUGUUUUUAUUGAAAAAUGUUAUUUAUUGAUAUUUUUGAAGUAUUAAAUUACAUUUAAAAUCUAUAUAGCUGCUGUAACCAAUCAUUUUCAUAAAAUACCUCAUGUGUAAUCAAUUUUUUAUAUCUGUGAUUAUAAAUCAAACAAACCAAAUAGUAUUAUAAUCUAUUAGUACACCUCUAACACAGCCUCCGCAUAAAUUACUAGAAAAUGUGAAAGAAAAUUUAAAAUUCUUAUUUUAGCACUGCCAGGAAUACAAUAUUGUUUAAAUAUAUUAAGAAAAAUCUAUGUAACUUGUAGAGGAUAACACAUAUAAUGCUAUACAAAUAGUUCUUUUGAACAAGUUUCAAAUAUAUUCUACAUAGGCUGCUAUCUUAUUAGAGAUUUAAGAAUAAUUAAUGUCUUAAAUUAUUUAAUCUGCAAUUCUUCACAAACAAUAUAACUAUAAAUUUCAUUAAAUAUUUUUAAUCUAAAAUGGUUUUUGAAAUUUCAUAAGCUGGAAGUGUCAAUGUUAUAUGGAAGUACCAAUGUCAUAAUUUCUGAUAGCUUUUUAUUAUUAACUUUCACCUUAUGUUUAUUUAAAAAUCAAAUUUGCUUUGUACCAUUAUUCUUAAUGAUGUAAUAAAUGCAAUCCUUAAUGUGGAAUGUACAUCUCCAGCUUCGAGUACAGAAAACUAUGCAUACGUAAAAAAAUAUUUAUAAACGAUAGUAAUAGUAAAUUAUGAAUCACUGAAACAUAACCCUUCACCAAAAAUGUACAGAAUUUAAAUAUCAACAGUAUAGCAUUUAUGUUUAUCAUUUUUUUGUACAAAUCCCUUUUAACACUAAUAGGUUGGUGUGUAUUUCAAUAAUGUACAAUCAGAUCUAAAUAGAUAAACCUCUUUGUGGCUUAAAGAAAUCUACAAAAAAUCUAAUGAUAAAAGUAUAAACUAAUCGUGGUUUUCAUUUUAAUGUAAUAAAGCAUACAGAGUAGACAUUGAUUUAUAAAAACAAAACGAAAAGUUUACUAAGUACUAUUUCAUGCAAACAUUUUUUCAUUGAAAAGCAAAAAAUAUAUCGCCAAAUACAAUGACAUAAAGAGAAAGGAACGCCCAAUAAUAAAUUUAGAAAUAUACAGUGAUUUGUACAAAGAGAUUUAAUAAAUGUUUAACAUAUAAAACUAAGUUUUUGUUAAACAGAAAAAAAUGAUAAAUGCAUUAUGGCUUAAAUAACAUUUUUAAACUUUUAAUAAACGUAAGAUGAAAAAUGACAUACUUUCCAUACAGUUUUUUUUAAGUGUGCUAUUAAGUUGGACUUAAUAGAUUUUAUUAAUUACUGUUUCUUCAUGCCUAUUUUACACGUUAAAUAAAUGAGUAUUGUUUAAGGUUAUUGAAAUGAAUUUCCUGUGAAUUUUUUUGCCAUUGAAAUAUUGUCGUUACAGGUGCUGAAUUUGAUUAUGAAACUGCUAUGGUAUCAGUAAUUGGGCAUGGUGUUACAGAAGUUUUGUAAUGACAAAAUGAGCAGUGCUUUUAUAUGACAGAUUAACUAUACAGUUAUCACUAACUGAAGAGCUGCUCAGUGGCACGUU